GAUUGGAGUUUUAGAUAUAGCUUUUCGAAGGUCGCGAGUUUUCUGGGCGUCAUAACGAAGUGCUGCAGAAAUUUCCAAGGAGCCAUUGAAUCAUCUGCUUAUAGCCUUCUCUAAGCAACAAGUGGUAUCAGAGCCCAUUGUCACGCAUUUGGGACCUAAAAUACGAUGGGAGAUAAGGAGGACUCUGGUGGAGGUGAUACUUCAGUCCAAGGAGGCAGCUCAACCCAAGAUUCUGGCAUUGCAGCGCAAAGGGGAGCGCAUACAAGCCAGGGGUCACUGCUUAAGGAGGUGCUGAAGAGCUUCACCAUUGAGAAGUUCUCUGGAGAUGGCUAUGACGAUUGGGCAUGGAAGAUGCAGCUCUACUUUUGACAAAUUGGCCUCUUGAAGCUCAUGAU